GCUAUAAAAGCCAGAUAAGAGAGACAUUCACGAGUCUUCCUUCUCGCGAAGACCGCGAGGUAUCAGUCGCCUGUCGAUCGUUACCUGCACAUGCAGACAAGAUAUAUUACUUGUGCAAAGUGAUCUCGCGUUCUCUAUUUGUAAUAUUCUCCAUCCGCGAUCCCUUUCGACGUAGAGCCCAGAAGAAGUCAGGAAUAUCCAUCGAUUUAAAAAGAAGAAGAAGUAAACAUCUUUAUUUAUACGACGGAAACAUGACAACUACCGAAAUAUGCAACAAAAAGUCGACAAUCAAGUGUAUAAGCCGCAGAAAUGUCGUUCCCAUAAUCCACGUUCGAGGAACGCACUACGAUAUCGGUUUUGACAUUGGACGCACCUUCGCUAAGAUGAUACAGGAUUUCGUGGACAUUUAUCAACCGCUGAAUAAGAUCUAUCUGCCACUAUUCGCGACCGAGGAAGGCAAGAAAGUUUAUAAUGAAACCCUUGAUGCCAUCAAGAAACAAUUCCCGCAGUAUUUGAGGGAGAUUGAAGGAACGGCGGAUGGUGCGAAUGUGCCGUUUUACAAACUGUUUCUGAUGCAUCUGGAUGACAUUCUUCCAAACGUUAUUGAAAUGCAAGGAAAUGCCCUUCCAGUCGGUUGUACAUCCAUCAUGUGCAACCAGUCAGGACAUGAGAUCUUGGGUCAUAAUGAGGAUGCCGUCAGUGAAACUUUGAAUCACUGGUAUCUCGUGAGUGCUCACGUUAUUGAGACGGGCUACAGAGAAGAAAAGUUCACGUCGUUAAGCUACGCCGGUUUCCUGCCGGGUUAUACGAUGGGCUAUAAUCACCAUGGCCUCGUUUACAGCAUCAAUACCCUUAGCGCUGCGAUCCUGCGAUCUGGCAAGAUUCCACGAUAUUUCCUAACACGAGCACUUCUGGGCGUGGAGAACUUCGUGCAGGCGCAGCAAACGCUAAGAAACGAGGGUUACGGCGCGGCAGAGGGCUUCUCGGUGAACAUGACGUUCCUCGCGCAGGAGGGCGACCGGAUGUUUCACAAUGCUGAGGUGGGCCCAGCCGAGGCGGGCGCCAAUCGGUCGGAACUCAAUAUCCUGACCGUCAGCCCGGACGAGAAUACGUUCCAUUGCAACAAAUACCUACGUCUAAAGGUAAAGGAAGUAAAAGGAAAGAUCAUACAGAGCAGUAUCAGGAGGAUGGAGACGAUUUCAAAAUAUCCACCGGUGGAGUGUCAUCAGGAUGUGAUCAAUAUACUUAGCGAUCAAACGGGCGAAGAUUACAGGAUCUAUCAAGAUUUCGGCAGAGAUGAUGAGAUUACAACGAUUGCCACUGGCAUCUUUGAUUGUAUCAAGCGUACAUGGUCCAUUUACACGGACAUUCCACAAAUUAACGAGCCAAUACUGGUGAUACCCAUGCAACUCCGAGACUUCACCACUCCGCAAUCAAAGAAAUAAUACCUUUGUUUCGCACGAAUAGCGAAAAUCGCAUAGAGCAUUUGUUGUAUUGACUUUACGAUUGCAUGUAAUAUUAAUAAUUUUAGCUAAUAACAUUUAAAUAAAUAACAUUUUCAAUUUGUCAAAUAAAAUGUAAAAAAUAUUAAUAUUAUCUCUCUGUAGAAAAUAUCGAGCAAAGAGAGACGUCGUAUUCGAGAUUGAAAAAUUAACAAUUAAAAAGUAUUAAUAUGCAAAAAAAGAUCUAUUAUUGCUGAAUAUAAAUGAGAUUUUGCGAUUAUGAAACAUCUUUCUAAAAAAAAUUAAUAACUUAUAUAAUCCUGAUUAUGUAGCACGUAAGAACGAUUAACUCGUUUCUCAAUUUAUAAGAGAUCAAUUAGAGAAUAAAAAAUUGUGAAUAAAGGAAUAUAACGUACUUACAUAUAACUAGCCUUAGAAAUAAAAUGAUGUGCAUAAUAAAUUAUCAUUAGGUUCGGUGCCUAUUAAUCAGGCAGAGGAAAUAAAAGCUCGCUGUUCUAUUUCGUAAUUUCAGCUUUAAUUUCUUGAUAUUUUUGUAUGAGUACAUUGUUGUGAUGAUCCUCUUCCUCUUUAAUAUUAGCUUCCGGGAACCAUUUGCAUCCAAUCGAUUGAAAAAUUCACAAUGUAAA